CCCGCGGCGAGGCGGGCUGGGCCGGGCCGGGGCCGGCCUUCCUCCUCCGCCCCCUGCCCUCGCCGCCGGAGCCGCCGCGGAGGAAGCGAGGGGUGCCCGCUGCCAUGGAGGCCCGGUACAACCUCAAGAGCCCGGCUGUCAAACGUUUGAUGAAAGAGGCUGCAGAACUGAAGGAUCCUACAGAUCAUUAUCAUGCACAGCCUUUGGAGGACAAUCUUUUUGAAUGGCACUUCACUGUUAGAGGCCCUCCAGAUUCAGAUUUUGAUGGAGGGAUUUAUCAUGGGCGAAUAGUGCUACCACCUGAAUAUCCCAUGAAACCACCCAGCAUUAUUUUGCUGACGGCAAAUGGCAGGUUUGAAGUGGGGAAGAAAAUUUGUUUAAGCAUCUCAGGGCAUCAUCCUGAAACAUGGCAGCCUUCGUGGAGUAUAAGAACAGCUUUACUAGCCAUCAUUGGAUUUAUGCCAACCAAAGGUGAAGGAGCAAUAGGAUCUCUAGAUUACACACCAGAAGAAAGAAGAGCUCUUGCAAAGAAGUCACAAGACUUCUGUUGUGAAAUGUGUGGCACAUCUAUGAAGACAGCCCUCUUACCACUGACAUCUGGAAGUGUGUCAAGCCAGGCAGACAAGGAGGCUAAAGAGCUUGCCAGGCAAAUUAGCUUCAAGGCAGAGGUCAAUUCAUCCAGGAGAUCUGAUGCUGGACCCUCAAAGACAUCAGGGCUGAAUCACUCUGCUACUUCACGUGAGCCCCAGCAGGAUGGUGCAGCCAGAGCAUUCCCAGAUCCAGCAAGUGCAACGUCCGAAGGCCAGAGCAGCAGCGCAGCAGCCGGGCAGGAGCCGUCCUGCUCACCUUCGCCCUGGCCGCCCUCAUAUUCCGCAGAAUAUGUUUGGCCAACGAGUACGUGUUUGAGUUAUAAGGUUGUUUGUCCUAACAGCAGCGACUUGAGUGCUUCACUGAACAUUCUGUUUUGGCUAUGACAUGAGAACUGUUUACAAAGGUUACUUUUUGUAUUUACGCUUAAAUCCUUAUGAAUGUUAAUGUACCUACAGAUACGUUGCUUGUAGGAAAAGCAAAGUUGGACCUGUAAGCUAUGAGUUUUGAGUGCCCACUAGAUACUUGGAGAAACAGUGCAGUGGAAUAGUAACAUUAAGGCAUGUGGGAUGGGACUAAAUUUGAAUAAUUUAUUUAGUAAAAGACAAUUUUUAAAAAACGGUUGAUUCAAUUUUUUAUGGGGCAUAAAUGCUCAUAUAAGUACCCCGUCUAAAUUAGUAUGAGAUCUGACAUUGAAGAGGGGAUGAUUAAAUGAAACACUGCUAUGUGUUUGUGUCUGGUGAACUCCUAAUUUAGAGGGAAUACAGUUUUGUAACCACUUUUAUUUGCCAUGACACAUUUCCAGAGGAGAAACACAUACAAUUUGGUUGUGAUGCUGGUUUGUGUGUGUUGAAUGGGGAUGGGAUUGUGAGAGCAAAGUAGGUGCCAGAAAACAACUUGCAUUAUUUUGGUUUUUAUUUUUUGGAAGAAAGAUUGGGUAGUCUUUUGAAAGAUUUGAAUGUCCUCUUCUAGUACUUUCAACUGUAUAUCUUGUUUUUAAAAUUUGAAGAUUAUGCAAAACAUGUCUAUUCUUGCAAUAGUUAUAAAUAUGUAAUAUAAUUAUUUACCCAGAGCUGUUGUCUUUUAAUUAUAUCAGAAAUAUACAUAAUGUGUUGAACUGAAUGUUUCGUAUGUGGUUUUAUUUACUAAAGAAAAUUUAAGCCUUAUUACUUAAAUUCUGAUAUAUAUGGACAUGCUUAACAGAAGUAUUUAUUACAAUCCUGCUGGUAAUAAAGUUUCAAGCCAGUCUUUGGAUA